AUGGCUUCCGCCAAUAGAAUGGCCGGUGUUGCGGUGGAUCCAGAACAAGAAGAGCAGAUCUUUUUGGCAGAGGUUGUUGCAGUUAAGCAAUGGUGGUCAGAUGAAAGAUGGAGAUAUACCAAAAGACCAUUUACUGCCGAGCAAAUUGUGUCCAAGAGAGGUAAUUUGAAGAUCGAAUAUCCAAGUAAUGCGCAAUCGAAAAAGCUUUGGAAUAUCUUGGAGGGGAGAUUUAAGAAUAAGGAUGCUUCUUAUACUUAUGGUUGCUUGGAACCUACCAUGUUGACUCAAAUGGCAAAGUUCCUCGACACGGUUUAUGUUUCGGGAUGGCAAUCAUCAUCUACUGCAUCUUCUUCUGAUGAACCUGGACCAGAUCUCGCAGAUUAUCCAUAUACUACCGUCCCCAACAAAGUAGCCCACCUCUUCAUGGCCCAACUCUUCCACGACCGCAAACAGCGAGAAGAGCGCGUGAUGACCGCCUCCAAAGCCGAUCGUGCCAAGCUUCAAAAUGUCGAUUAUCUUCGUCCCAUCAUCGCCGAUGCUGAUACUGGACAUGGUGGUCUUACUGCCGUCAUGAAGUUGACCAAGUUGUUUGUGGAGAAAGGAGCUGCCGGUAUUCAUAUUGAGGAUCAAGCACCUGGAACCAAAAAAUGUGGACAUAUGGCUGGAAAAGUACUCGUGCCUAUUAGCGAGCAUAUUAAUCGUCUUGUUGCUAUUCGUGCGCAGGCUGAUAUCAUGGGCUCUGAUCUCCUCGCCAUCGCCCGUACAGAUGCUGAAGCCGCCACCCUAAUAACCACGACCAUCGACCCCCGCGACCACGCCUACAUUCUCGGCUCCACAAACCCCAAUCUCCAACCUCUCAACGAUCUCAUGAUAGCCGGCGAGCGAGCCGGCAAAUCCGGCGCCGAACUGCAAACCAUCGAAGAUGCAUGGACCGCGCAAGCCGAACUCAAACUCUUCAACGACGCCGUCGUCUCUACCAUCAACUCCACUCCCCACAACACCAAAUCCCAAGACCUCGUCUCAAGAUUCCUGACCGAAGUCAAAGGCAAGAGUAAUUCCGAAGCCAGAGCCCUCGCCAAAACCAUCACCGGCGUAGAUAUUCACUGGGACUGGGAUGCUCCUCGUACGCGCGAGGGCUAUUACCGCCUACAAGGCGGCUGCGGCUGUGCCAUUAACCGCGCCAUCGCCUACGCCCCCUACGCCGACGCCAUCUGGAUGGAAUCCAAGCUCCCAGACUACCAGCAAGCCGAAGAUUUCGCAGCCGGCGUACACGCCUUCUACCCCGAGCAAAAACUUGCCUACAAUCUCUCUCCAUCCUUCAAUUGGAAAACCGCAAUGCCACGCGCCGAACAGGAAACCUAUAUUCAGCGCCUGAGUAAACUAGGCUACUGCUGGCAAUUUAUUACACUAGCGGGUUUGCAUACGACGGCGCUGAUUAGUCAUCAGUUUGCGGAGAGAUAUAGUAGGCAGGGUAUGAGGGCGUAUGGAGAACUAGUCCAGGAACCGGAGAUGGAGCUGGGUGUUGAUGUUGUGAAGCAUCAGAAGUGGAGUGGGGCGAAUUAUGCGGAUGAGUUGCUGAAGAUGGUUACGGGGGGUGUGAGUAGUACGAGUGCGAUGGGGAAGGGGGUUACGGAGGAUCAGUUUCAUUGA